AGUAAUCUGAUUGCACCAUAAAAAGUGCACUAGAAUUUUUUUUUCACAAAUCGACUCUUAUUACAAGAACAACAUCUUGGAAUAAAACAAUAGAGUUCUGAGUAAAGCUUCUUCUAGCAAGAUUCACUUGACAGCCUUCAAAAUGACGUAAUAUACCGCUUUCCCCACACGAACUAGUGUUUAACCUCAGAAACGCCAUCCAAGUUUACUUUGUCAGAGACACGUAAAAGGUGUUCUUGUUGUGCAUCGACUUUUUUAGAGUGAGGUUUAAGUGACAGUGAUUCCUAUCACAAACAUGGCCCUUAUCAGGAUAACAAACCAUCCAGGAUUAUCCCAGUGACCAAAAGACCUUUCUGCAUAUAUCAAAAUGGCAAAACGGGUCAAUAAAAACCACUACAUUGCGUCUCCCAGACACAGCACAUCACCAACUCCUGUCCACGUUUCAAGAAGUUCCGCUUAUUCAGAUGGAGAAGAAAGCCAAAGAGCACCAUCAGAAAGAACUCUUUCUGAAUACACUUCAGUGCCAUAUACCAUAGUAAAUGAACGAAACGGUCGCAGUAAAUACCACAAUGGAGUCAACAAUCACCCUCCUCGUGCAGCCUCUGUCAUGAGUCGAGGCAGUGGAUAUGACAAUGGAUCGGAUAUUUAUGUCACAAGUGGCGCAUAUAAAGCCCCCUCAGAAAUUAGUCGCAGCUCCCGAGCACGAGCCCCCAGCCACUAUUCCUACAAAAGUGGCCGCGCCCCAUCUCUGACCAGCACCGUAAAGACUCGCACCUCCCGGAAAGGAGGCGUCAAAGUCGAAACAAUGGCCGCCCCCAACCCAUUUUGCCCCAAUAUCAAAGGAAUGUGUUGCUUGAUGCUUCUUUUAAAUCUAGGAAUCAUCUUAAUCACUCUCGGAUUCGUUAUUGUGAUUCAGUUUUUCGAACCCAUUUACGUGUGGGUCUUGGGGAUUGUCUUUCUUAUUUUUGGAUUCCUUACAUUGAUUGGAAGUCUUAUUUACUGCGUUAUUAUUUGUAAAGAUGUGAAAUCACCAAAAGAUAUAAAUCCGGAAGAUUUUUAUUGGACGCAUCAUUGGCAGAAAACGAUUGGCUCACCUGAAAUAAACUAUAAAACAGAGGAGAAAUACGAUGAUAGAUACAGCGACAGAUAUUCUAUCAGUAAACUGUCGGGGAAAUAUUCCGAUAGAAACAGCAGAUAUUAGACGUAACAAAUACUAGAUAAUUGUAAUUUUUUUUCAGUUUUUAUUAUUUUUACUGCUAACGCAAGACUGAUAAUGUACCAUCUUGCAUUUAUUUUUUCAUUUUUCUUCAAUUUUAAAUCAAAAAUUGUCCCUGUGAUCAUUUGAAUGGUUUUUUUUAGUGGAAAACUAAAUCUAUACUAAUAAUGCUUUAAUUUGCGUGUAGGUAAUAAUAAAGUGCACCACUUUUUAUAUUUAAUUUAUAGAAUUCAAAUCUUAGUUUUUCAUUAUUAACAUGUGUACAUAUAAUUCCUUGAACAACCUAAUAUUGUGCAAUUAAAACGUAAUUUAAACAC